AUGGCUUCAGCUCCUGUUGAUCUGGUUGGUGCUGAGGAAGGGUUUGUGGCUGCUGCUGGCCUCUUGAAUGAGGUUGCUAGGGCUGCAGCAGUUGCUGGUGCUGUUGCACCAGCACCAGCUCCAGGGCCCAUGAGGUGGAACAACAACACCUCUAGGCCUGACAAUGUUUUCAAGGACAAGGAUGCGAACUUAGUGGCCAAGCACCUUAAGGAGCACAGUGGGGAGACUGUUAGCCCAACUCAGGUGUACAACCACUUGAAGAAGUGGAGGCAUAAGUGGGCUAGGAUAUGUAAGCUGAAGGAUCUUAGUGGGGUCUUAUGGGAUAGUGAUGUGAAUGCAAUCAUGCUAGAGGGGGAGCACUACCUAGGUCACUAUAAGGACCACCCUAAGGAUGCUGAGUUCCUUAACUACCCUAUAAGGUUCUACCCAGAGAUGGAGGCCAUCUUUGGUCAAGCAAUGGCCACUGGUAGGUUUGCACUAGGUUUUGGUGAGGCCCUUGGGGCAAACCAGGCUGAUAGUGUAGCUGGUAAGGCUGAGGGGAUUGCUGCCAACAAUGUCUGUGAGGAGAAAACCAACACUGAAGUUGGUGAGGGUAGCAAGGCCACAGAGCUGUUGGCCACUUCUGGUGUGGGUGGGAAGAAGAAGAGAGGCACAUUCACUAAGGAUGAGAUGCUCUUGCUUACCAACAUGUUAGAUGCAGUGAACAAUGUUGCUAAUGCUCUUAGGAAAAUAGGUCUAGCCCAUGUUGAUGCUAAUCUCUACCUUGUUGUUAUGGAGACUCCUGGCUUCUCUGAGGAGGCUCUGAUAGUGGCCUACACCUACCUGCUAGACAACAAGGCCCAAGGCAGGGGCUUUGUUGGCAUGAGUGACAGCCAUAGGGACAUUUGGCUUAGGAACUACCUAGCCAAGAACUACUACAUGUAG